AUGAGACUUCACGGCGUUCAAGGCCUUGUAGCCCUUAUUGUCUCGUAUUUGUCGGCCACGGUUUUCGUUGUCGCUGCUGAUUCCUACGACUACAUCGUAGUCGGUGCUGGAGCAGGAGGGAUUGUAACGGUGGACAAGCUUUCUGUUAGUGGCAAGAGAGUUCUUCUCGUCGAGAGGGGCUUCCCAUCAUCGUAUAGAUGGGGUGGAAGACGCAGGGGCGCUUGGCUAGAAAACAAGAAUCUGACACGUUGUGAUGUCCCGGGGCUGUAUAACCUCAUAUGGGAGGACAGCACAGGGAUUAAAUGUCCCAAUGUUGUUCCCAUGGCUGGUUGCAUUCUUGGUGGCGGUACAGCCAUCAAUGCUGGCCUGUGGUGGAAGCCGCAAAGCCUUGAUUGGGACCUGCACUACCCUGUUGGGUGGAAGGCACAGGAUAUGGAAGCUGCCACGAAGAGAGCCUUCAGUCGCCUCCCUUGGACCGAUCAUCCGUCUUCCGAUGGCAUUCUAUAUAAUUCGGAGGGAUACGAGCUGAUAGCGGGGGCACUGGAGGACAACGGAUGGGAGAACGUAACCGCCAACAAUAAGCCCGAUGCGAAGAACCGAACUUUCUCCUUCUCAGAGUACUUUUUUCUUCAUGGGGAACGAGGUGGGCCCAUGGAAACAUAUCUAGUUUCUGCCGCCUCAAGGAAUAACUUCGAACUCUGGACAAAGACUUCCGUUAAACGCCUGGAACGAGAUGGCGCCGCGGGCGGUCGCGUCAUUCUGUCUGCAGGUGUUUUUGGCACGGCUAAGAUCUUGUUCAGAAGUGGCAUUGGCCCAACCGAUCAGCUUGAUAUUGUUAGAGAAGCCGAUGGAGAUAACUUGAUCGAUGCAUCUCAGUGGAUCAAUCUUCCCGUUGGAUACGAUCUGGACGACCAUCUGAACACAAACAUCUUGUUUGAACAUCCCGACAUUGUAAACUAUGACUUCAAUGCUGCAUAUGACAAACCCGUCCCAGAGGAUGCGGAGAAGUAUCUUGCAAACCGAUCUGACAUUCUGACCCAGGCCGCACCAAACAUCAACCCCAUCUUCUGGGAAGGCGUCAAAGCGCAAGAUGGUAUUACUAGGUAUUUCCAAUGGACAGCAUACAUCGGGGGACCGCAGGGAGGAUCAGAGUACAAUACCACGGGCAUCGCCGCAGCCUUAGGCCUCGGUAAGCUUUCGCGUGGACGCGUCACCAUCAACUCGUCACUGGUUAUGGACGUAAGCACUCUGCCAUACUUCAGAGACCCGGAAAACUUUGACUUCGAGGCCGUCGUUUCAACAGUGACAACCGUCGUUGACGCGGUCAGCUCCAUCCCGAACGCGACACUCAUUAACCCAGCACCGGGCCAAGAUGUGCGCGAGUAUAUUUCAAGCAUCCCCGUGAAUCUUGACCGUACCGCAAACCACUGGGUGGGCACCACACAUCUCGGGGUAGACUCGGCGCUGGACGGAGGUAAAUCUGUGGUGGACCUCAAUGCCCAAGUCUACGGGACUUCCAAUCUGCAUGUAAUCGAUGCAGGCAUCAUCAACGGAAUCGUAACUAGCAAUCCGCAGGCUGCCAUUGUUGUCGCUGCGGAGAAGGUCAGUGAAGAAAUUCUGAAGCUUUGA